AUGAAUUCAUCAUCGUCAUCUUCUGUAAAUGUGUUAUAUUCUGAUGUUGUACCUCGGAUGGCAACCACACAAACUGGCAAGCAAGAAGAUAAAGGUGUGUACUUUCUCUCCAGCUUUAGCUUUGAAUCCGUAAAUGUAGGUAUGGAGAGUAUUCAGGGCUUUUGGCAGCUGGGAGAUGAGCUUCGAGGACAUUCAAAAAAUUCUGAGGAUCAAAAAUGGCUGGUGGCUGCUAAUAAAUUGGCAGAGCAAACUAGGUCAAAGGGCGAGAGAAGGAUCAACCUAGAUCUCUCAAAGGGUUAUGCUGAAAUAAGGCCUAGGGAUAAUUAUGGGUUUCAGGGAGAAAACAAAUUUGACAGUUUCAAUUUCAACAUGUUAAAUCUGGAGACCAAAAUGAAUGAGAAUGUGACCAAAAGUUCUCUGAGGAAUAUUUAUGAUACAAAUGCUGCAUAUCAGAAUCCUGUUGCCAACUUUAUGGGAAAUAUUUCUGGAAGCAAAUAUAACAAUAGCAACCUCAGUAAGGAGCCUAACAAAAGCUACAAUAACGAGGAAGGCACUUAUGCGAGCAAUGCAGUUGACAAAAGGUUCAAGACCUUGCCUGCUGCAGAGACACUUCCCAGGAACGAGGUUCUUGGUGGAUAUAUUUUUGUUUGCAACAAUGACACGAUGCAAGAAGAUCUAAAGAGACAACUGUUUGGUUUACCACCGAGAUAUAGAGACUCUGUGAGGACAAUAACACCAGGCUUACCACUGUUCCUCUACAACUACACCACCCACCAGCUGCAUGGUAUUUUCGAGGCAGCAAGUUUUGGGGGUUCUAACAUUGAUCCUACUGCUUGGGAAGAUAAAAAGUGUAAAGGCGAGUCAAGGUUCCCUGCUCAGGUAAGGAUUCAAGUUAGGAAACUCUGCAAGGCUUUGGAAGAAGAUGCUUUUAGGCCGGUCCUGCAUCAUUAUGAUGGCCCUAAGUUUCGACUUGAGCUGUCUGUGCCUGAGACUUUGGACUUGCUAGAUCUCUGUGAACAAGCUGGUGUUUAG